UCAGCUGCUGUCCUCCAGCCCUGAGCCUAAAAUUAUUCAUUCUCUAAUUUAAUAUUCAGAUCCUUUGUGUAGCUUCAGAAGAUUUCACGGUGGAUUAGCGACAAAUAAGCUCUGCAAUUAAUGGAAUUCAUAUCUCCAUUCCCCAGAAGACCCACAAAUCCCAAAUCCAAAUAGUUACAAGGCUAGCCUCCACUGAAACUUCAUCUCCCCAAAUGUUUCAUAGCCUUCAGUUCAUGUCUGUCUAGAGCAACCCAGCUUACAAGGAAGAGAAACCAAAAGAAGAAAACCUCCAUUUCAGCUCUGAGACCAGUUACCAGUUUCAUUUUCGUAUCUUUUCUUCAAUAAUGGCAGAAACUGAAAAUCCUAGAAAACCCAGCAAGAAAACCCACCAGGAUCAGAAUCUGCAGUCCCAGAAACCAACGGAAAAGCCACCCCCUUGGGCAGUUGUUAGGAGUCUGUUUACAUGUAAGCAUCUCCAACCAGUUGAACAGCAAGCUGUGGAGGGGAAUGGUAAAAAGCACAAGAAGAUGAAGUGUUCUGGUUCUCUCUGUAACAACACGAAAGUAAUGCAAAGGCCUGAAUCGUCUUCUCCUGAAGACUGUAAGAAGUGGGCUUCAAUAUGUUCUUCAACCACCACUGCUUCUAGCAGAUCCUUGAAGGUUCCUUUGAAUGAGAUCAAUGGAGCUGUACCUACUCCUUCUUCUUCUUCUUCGUCAUCCUCGUCUCUGCUGUCUUCUGGUUCUUCUGUUGGUGGGUCAUUUAGGAGCAUGCCUUUGAGGAGACUCUCCGGUUGUUAUGAGUGUAGAGCAGUUGUUGAUCCCAUCAGCGGAGUCCCCAAAGAUCCUGCUCUUAGAACUACUGCUUGUUCUUGUCCUGAAUGUGGAGAGAUUUUCACGAAAGCUGAGAAUUUAGAAGCCCACCAAGCUGUUCGACAUGCAGUAUCCGAACUGGGUCCUGAAGAUACCAGCAGAAACAUAGUAGAGAUUAUAUUUCAAUCAAGUUGGUUAAAGAAACAAGCUUCAGUUUGCAAAGUAGACAGGAUCCUGAAGGUUCACAACAGCCAGAAGACCAUCACCAGGUUUGAAGAUUACAGAGAAUCCAUUAAAGCCAAGGCAAGCAAACUUGCAAAGAAGCACCCAAGAUGUGUAGCAGACGGCAAUGAGCUCCUAAGGUUCCACUGCACAACCUUUGUCUGUUCAAUUGGUAUGAAUGGGUCCUCCAACCUCUGCAAUUCAAUCCCCCAAUGCAACGUCUGCAGUAUCAUAAGAAACGGGUUCAAGAUCCCAGCCGGCGAUGCCGGCAGCGCGAUCUGCACAACAGCCACCAGUGGAAAAGCACACGACAACGCUCAAAUAAAGACCGACGACGACAAGCGGGCAAUGUUGGUCUGCAGAGUGAUCGCCGGCAGGGUGAAGAGGACCCAGGACACCAAUUCAGAAGAGAUAAUGAACCAAAAGAAUUCCGAAGAGUUUGAUUCAGUCGCCGGCCCGACCGGAAUCUACUCGAAUUUGGAUGAGUUGUAUGUGUUCAAUCCCAAGGCUAUAUUGCCAUGUUUUGUUGUCAUUUACAGAGGCUUUUAGUGGUUCAAAGCUCUGCUAUUUUACACACACAUUUGGCUAAGUAAUCCUUGUUUUUGUUGCUCAAUUUAUCAUGAUUCAAUACGCAUUUCGCCUUUUUACUUGUUCUGUAAUUUUGUUCUCUUGCUAGUUCAUUGAUUUACUGCAAUUCUGGAUCU